AUGACGUCAUGGCGUGUGCGUUAUGCGGUGUAUGAUCCCGCCUCUCGAGGACAUACGGUACAGUUUGUCACACGUGAUUCUGUAACGAAGAAUCCAGUAUGGCGGAAUCUGCCAAACGGUGUUUGUAUCGCUUCGGCAGCGUCUCACAUCUGCUGUGAUAGGCUGGUGGAGGAGGAGAAUUUUACCUGGAACUACACCUGAUGUUUAAGAACAUUUUCAGGCACAACAUCUGGUGCAGUGAACAUCAUGACUUCACAGAGUCAAUCAGACUCUCAUAUGGAUCAGACAGCGGAGCUCCUGAAACCCUCAGCGUUUGACCACAUUCCUACAGUUGAACUGAGUUCAGCUCUGCCCGUGAGAAUCCCCCCCGCUGCCAUCCCCAUGGAUCUUUGCGUGGAUGCGAGCCCUGCGGCGGAUGGCACGUGUCGCGAGCGGCAGCUGGAGCAGGAGCUUCUGUCCCUCAAACACAAACAGCAGGUGCAGCAUCAGCUUCUCAUCGCAGAGUUUCAGAGGCAACACGAGCGGCUUUCACGACAACAUGAAGCUCAGUUACAGGAACACAUGAAGCAUCAGCAGGAGCUUCUGGCCCUCAAGCACCAGCAGGAGCUCAUGGAGCAUCAGAGGAAGAUGGAGCAUGAGCUGGAGAAACAGCAGCGAGAUCAGAAGCUUCAGCUUCUCAAGAACAAAGAACGUGGACAAGAGAGUGCAGUGGCCAGCACAGAGGUGAAGAUGCGUCUGCAGGAGUUUGUGUUGAAUAAGAAGAAAGCAAUCGCUCAACGCACUCUCAACCACUGUAUCUCCAACAAUCCACGCUACUGGAAAACUCAGUACAGCUCUUUAGAUCAGAGUUCUCCACCUCAGAGCACCAUCAGCACCUUCAAUCAUCCUGCUCUCUGCGACUCGAAAGAUGACUUUCCACUUCGUAAAACAGCGUCUGAACCAAACCUGAAGCUGCGAUCUCGUCUGAAGCAGAAAGUGACGGAGCGGAGAAGCAGUCCAUUACUGAGACGAAAAGACGGUCCCAUCAAUGCGCUGAAGAAGCGCUCUCUGGACCUGGCAGAUUCGGCGUGUAGCAGCGCACCUGGAUCCGGGCCGAGCUCCCCGAACAACAGCUCGCAGGGAAACUUGUGUGAUAACGGCAUAGGCGCCGCUGUCUCCAGCGAGUCGUCUUUAGCUCACAGGUUACCUGGUUGUGAUGGAUCUCUCUACACGUCUCCUUCAUUACCCAACAUCGCCCUGGGCCUGCCUGCCUCCACCGUCAACAGCCAUGAUGCUCCGCUCCUGCCCUCUUCUUAUUCUGACACCGCAAACUCCCAUAAUGCACUGCUGCAACACAUAGUUCUUCUUGAGCAGUCUGCUCCACCGAGCCCUUUAGCUGCUGGUGUUGCAGCCGCUCCGCUGCAGUCUCUGCAGAAGCUGCAACAGCACAGGCCGCUGGGUCGCACGCAGUCCGCUCCUCUGCCACAGAGCUCUCAGGCUCUUCAACAGCUGGUGGUCCAACAACAACACCAACAGUUCCUGGAGAAACACAAGCAGCAUUUCCAACAGCUCCACAUCAACAAGAUGUUGAGCAAACCAGCCGAGCGUCAGCAUCAGAGUCACCCAGAGGAGACAGAGGAAGAUUUCGAGGAGCAGCAAGCCCUUCCCAUGAGUCUCUGUAUUAAACAGGAAGCUCCUGAUCUUACAGAGGAGCAAACACAAGAGGACCAACAGGUGCUCUUCAAACAGGCUCUUCUCUUGGAGCAGCAGAGGAUUCAUCAACUCAGAAACUAUCAGGCAUCACUAGAGGCAACUGGUGUGUCAAUCAGUUUCUCAGGGCCCCGCCCCCUCUCCAGGGCCCAAUCAUCACCUGCCUCUGCUUCCUGCAUCAGCGUACAGGAACAACCUUCCAAAGUUCAUUUUACCACAGGUCUGGUGUACGAUUCUCUCAUGCAAAAGCAUCAGUGCAUGUGCGGCAACACAAAUACGCACCCUGAACAUGCCGGCCGCAUCCAGAGCAUCUGGUCUCGCUUGCAGGAGACGGGUCUGCGCAGUCGCUGUGAGUGUAUUCGUGGAAGAAAAGCCACAUUAGAGGAGCUACAAACGGUUCAUUCUGAAGCACAUGUCAUGCUGUACGGGACCAACCCGUUGCGACAAAAACUGGACAGUUCUGUCAUAUCCAUGUUCGUCAGGUUGCCGUGCGGAGGUAUCGGGGUGGACAGCGACACGAUCUGGAAUGAAGUUCACUCCGCGAGCGCAGCGCGUCUGGCCGUCGGCUCUGUGAUUGAACUCGUCUUUAAAGUGGCGACAGGAGAGCUAAAGAACGGCUUUGCUGUGGUUCGUCCUCCAGGACACCACGCAGAGGAGAGCACGCCCAUGGGAUUCUGUUACUUUAACUCUGUCGCCGUAGCAGCUAAACUCCUGCAACAAAGACUGAAUGUCAGCAGAAUUCUUAUUGUUGAUUGGGAUAUUCAUCAUGGCAACGGAACUCAACAAGCAUUUUACGAUGAUCCCAACGUUCUUUACAUUUCACUUCAUCGCUAUGAUGAUGGAAAUUUUUUCCCAGGCAGCGGUGCCCCUGAAGAGGUGGGCAGUGGACCAGGAGUCGGAUUUAACGUUAAUAUGGCAUUUACAAGCGGUCUAGAACCACCAAUGGGUGACGCAGAAUAUCUGUCUGCUUUCAGGACGGUGGUCAUGCCGAUCUCGGAUGAGUUUGAGCCAGAUAUAGUUCUGGUAUCGGCAGGUUUUGAUGCUGUGGACGGACACCCUCCUCCGCUGGGAGGUUAUAAACUGAGCUCCAAAUGUUUGGGUUACCUGACCAAACAGCUGAUGGGAUUGGCCAGGGGUCGUGUGGUGUUGGCAUUGGAGGGAGGUCACGACCUCAAAGCCAUAUGUGACGCGUCAGAAGCGUGUGUCUCUGCGCUGCUGGGGAUCGAGCUCGAGUCACUUCCGUCUGAAGUUCUGAAGCAGAGACCCAAUGAGAACGCUGUGAGCUCCAUAGAGAAAGUUCUGGAAACUCACAGGAAGUACUGGAGGUCCUUGCAGCGGCACGUGUCCAGAGUGGCCUUCUCUCUGAUGGAAGCUCAGAGCGGUGAAUCUGAGGAAAAUGAAACGGUGACCGCGAUGGCAUCAUUAUCUGUGGCAGCCAUGGAGAAAAGGACUGAAGAUGAACCCAUGGAAGAGGAGUCACCCUUGUAAAACGUAUGUUUUAUGAAGCUGCGAGCUCCCCUGAGGAUGACGUUGAGCGGCAGGAGUAAUAUCAGGGCACAAAGCCUAAGUCUCGAUGUUAGCGCUGUAGCCCGCUAGCACGGUGGCCCCAGUGAAACACGUUCAAGAUAAAGAGAUCACGGUGGAGGCUUUUUGGAGAUGGGUUUGCCCUGGUGUGGGAACAUCCUAGCACAAACAUCGAGGGCCGUUCCAAUCAUCCAUAGAUCAUUCACAGAGAAAGACGGAAGUCGAGAAAGAAGAAAAUGCUCCAACUAACGCUCUGCAGGUACUUGAAAACAUUUGACACUAGAUGGACACUGAGGCACGAGACUUCUUCAGUCCCACUUUAUGGAUAUCUUACAUUCCCGAUUGAGCGAGCGAGUGCCUUUUGCUGAUGAAUUCUGAGGAACUUAAAGCCUUAAGUCAAUAAACGUUACCCAUAAUUCCAGUGGAUGGUUACAGGAAAGGAGAACAAGUUCAGAUUUCACACCACUCUCUUUGUACAAACACUUCUGAAAUUUAGCAGUUGAUUUUUGAUGCGAUAUUUUUACUGAAAAAGCUACGAAUGGAGUGACAUCAUAUCUGUGUGAAAUGGAGAAAAAUAGAGUUUGACCAAAGCAUGAGUCUGCAUCUUGCAAAUUUCUACCCACAGUUCUGUAAAAUGAGCUGUUCAACAAGACCACAGUAGUACAUGAGAUGGUUUUGGCUUUCACUGAAUUUUACAUGUGAAACUUUCUGACAUGAAACAUUGAGAGACCAUUAGCUUGUGUUCAGCAAACGCAGAAAGAUCGUGUAAAUGUGAAACUGCAACUUGAUAACAUUGGUGACCUCUAAGCAUGAAGAGGAGUCGUAACAACGCGGGGAAUACAUUCUGCAUGUAGUUUUAUCUGUUAACUGUUGUUGCUUUCACACACAAACCUUCAGCAUGUGUAUUUACAAACUCAAGUUUAAUUUCGGUUUAGUUAUUUUGUGUCACUGUAUGGUUUGUACAAUUCAUUCCAAGUUUCAUGUUGUGAAAAUGUGAAAAUAAAAUGUUAUUUUCUGACACAAAUAAAUGUCCCUGUAUCUUUAAACAAA